AAAAAACAGAAGAGAGCCCCAAACCAAUUGCACCACCACCGGAUGGAGAAGCCCAGCUGAGACAUCAAGACAAGUGAGUGUCUAGGGAAGCUCCUUUUACUUCAAGAGAGCCUGCACUUCAAUUAAUGCAAUUUUGAAGUAUGGCCUGAAUGACUGUCAUUGUCAAGUCAAACUAUAAAUGGUGAAAGGUUGCUAUGAUUGCCAAAUAGGCACAUAUCACAAAGUGAAAUCCUUUUCUCCAGGGCCUUGUAAAGUGUUCAGAUCUCCAGGGAAGAAUCUAAAGACAGAAAAGCUACAUACAAGGAAUAUGUCAUUUAGCACCUUCACUUUUUGAUCCUUACAGAAGACAAUGAGAGGUCACACCAUAACAAUGACAACUACUUCAGACAGCAGCAGCUUUCACUCCUUCCAGGAACUGCACUUGACAACUAAUCACACUGUCCAAUUGCCAGACAACUCUUCUGGAGCAUCAAAUUCUAUUAACUGCACCAUGGAUGAAAAAUUACUUUCCAAAGUGUUAGCAAUAUUCUACAUUGUCAUUUUCAUUGUAGGACUGGUUGGGAACAUAAUUGCCCUCUAUGUAUUUCUGGGUAUCCACCGCAAAAGAAAUUCAAUUCAGAUUUACCUACUUAAUGUAGCCAUUGCAGACCUCUUACUUAUCUUCUGCCUUCCUUUCCGAAUAAUGCAUCACAUCAACCAAAACAAAUGGACACUAGGUAUAGUUUUUUGCAAGGUUGUGGGAGUACUGUUUUAUAUGAACAUGUAUAUUAGCAUUAUUUUGCUUGGAUGCAUCAGUUUGAAUCGCUAUAUAAAAAUCAAUAGGUCUAUACAACAACGGAAAUCAAUAACAAUCAAACAAAGUAUUUAUGUUUGUUGCACAGUAUGGGCAAUUGCUCUUGGUGGAUUUUUAGCUAUCAUUGUUUCAGCACUUAAGAAAGGAGACUAUAAUUCCACAAUGUGUUUCCAUUAUAGAGCUAAGACAGGUAACCGAGGAGAAGCAAUUUUUAACCUAUUUAUUGUAGCAAUGUUCUGGGUAAUUUUCCUACUAAUAAUCCUUUCAUAUAUUAAAAUUGGCAAGAAUCUAUUGAGAAUUUCUAAAAGGAGGUCAAGAUUUCCUAAUUCUAGUAAAUACACCACUACAGCCCGGAAUUCCUUUAUUGUUCUCAUCAUUUUUACAAUAUGUUUUGUUCCCUAUCAUGCCUUUCGAUUUGUCUAUGUUUUGUCACAGCUAGAUGAAAAAAUAUCUUGUUAUUGGAGGGAAAUUAUUCACAAAACCAAUGAGAUGAUGCUGGUUCUCUCAUCUUUCAAUAGCUGUUUAGAUCCUGUUAUGUAUUUCCUGAUGUCCAGUAAUAUCCGCAAAAUAAUGUGCCAAAUUCUUUCUAGGCGAUUUCAAGGGGAAGCUAGCAGGAGUGAAAGCACUUCUGAGUAUAAACCGGGAUACUCCUUGCAUGAUACAUCUGCCUCAAAUAAAAUUCAGCCUACUUCUUAAAGCACUUGAGGUGGACAUGUUGAAGCAAAUGAUAAAAAAUACAACCUCUUAAUUCCUUGAAGAACUAAAAGUUAUAAAAGAAAGCUCUAGCAUUUACAAUCAGGUCAUUUCAAAGCUCUUAUUUGUGAUAUUUCAUUUCCUUAAUUGUAAAAUAUUUGAAAAGCUCACACUCAUCACUAGAUUUUAAAUCUCUACAUGAAAUCUAUUAAAAAUUCAUUGUAAGCUAACCUCUUAACACAACAGAAUAAGUAAAGAAAAUGCAUAGUUUCUCUAGUCACUCUAAGAUUAUUAAAAAAUUCAGCACCUAAUACUAAUUUAAAGUGUGUUUAAAAGUAAGUUAAAUGAUUGAGGACUGACUUAAAAUGUUAGAACAUAUAUGUUCAUUGCCAUUUUAAAAGCUGUAUAAUUUACCACUGUAUUAAUUUAUGCCUAAAUCUCUCUAACAGAUAAAAUGACAAUAAAAUUCUUAUAAAAUGCAAUCACCCAUUAUCUAUCACUGCUUAGACAAAAAUGGAAAGAAUUUAAAUACUGUACUUGAAAAUCAAACAACAGAUGAGCUAAGAAUCCAAAAGCCUAGACUCAGAACUUAAAAUUGCACCUUACUUAGAACAGAUUUAUAAACAACUCAGUUUUCUUGGAUGCCACUUGAAUGGAGGACAAUUGAGAUGUGCACUCUAUGAUAUAGUAAGUUGACUUCCAGGUAUAAUUCUUAUAGCACCACUCAAACACAUAUACAAGAACACAGGUAUAAUGAUGCUCACUGAACUAUUGCUUAUAACAACAUAUUUGUUGAAUAAUUGCAUGAGUGAAUGAAUGGAGGAUGAAUGAGCCAGGAGGAAAGGUGGGAAGGCUGCUGAAAAUAAUUUAAAAUGUGGGUGUGUUUCAAUUCUUUUCCUGGUCAAUCUAUUUGGAUAUAGCUCUAUAGUAAAUCAUACAGUUGUAAUCUGGGGAAUUUGUCAUUAAAAAACAAUCAUUCUCAAAAGUUUAGCUAGCAUUUGUUCAGUUAUU